UCUUAUUAUUUUUUAAUUGAUUGUAAUAAUAGUUGGAACGCACCAAUAAGUCAUUGGCUUUUGUUAUUAUUAUACGCCUAUACCUAUCAUCUAUUUAUAUACGUGUCUAUUAUUUUAUUUACCUAGAUCUACAUUGGUGUUAUUUUGAGUUUUUACUAAUAUCGAUUGUUGUGAAUAAUUAAAUAAUGUAAUUGCCGACUGCAAUAUACCAUUAAAUGCAAUAAAAUAUAAUUUAUCAAUACCUAUUUAUUAAUAAAGAAACAUUUCUCAAGUAUCAAAGCCAUUACUUCUUUUUUUUAAGACCAGACAAAUUCAUUGGUUCUUUAACGUAUACAGGAAGUAAGACAUAUAUUUUCAUCAAUAGCAAUGCCGAAGAAGAAAAUAAUUGACCUUGUUGGACCUGUAUCCGAUAGACCUCAUAGAAAUAUGAAAGCAAAAGUAGUAUUUGAUCCAUCUGAUAUUCAUAUACCAAAGAAGAAAAAUAAAUAUUCUUUUAAAAAGAAAAAACCCAUAGCAGCUACUACUGUAAAAAAAACUACAAAUGGAAGUACAAAAAAACAAGAUACCACAAGGUCUGUAAAUUCGGUAACUGAAUCAUUGGAUUCUCUGUCUACUGAAAUCAAAACCAUAUCUCCAAUACAUUCUACAGGAAAGAGUGUAACUCAGAAAACUUCAAAAAAUUGUUUUAUUUGUUCAAAAAUUUCAGGAAAUACAGAAUUGAUUGAUUGUCCAAUUUGUUUGAUCAAAGCUCAUAGACACUGUUUAAUAGUCGUUGAGCCCAUGUGGAAAUUCAAAUUAGAUAUCUGUCCUUGGUUCUGUAAACAAUGCAGAAAAGAAAAUUGUAACAAAUGUCUCAAAGAUGAAUCCCAGUCGAAAAUACAACGUCGUUGCAUAACUUGUGAAGUUGGUUUACAUAUCAUUUGUUAUGAAUCAUAUGAAAUUAAGCCAUUACAAAAAAUAUCAAAUGAUAUGUAUGUAUGUUUCCCUUGCUUGACUUUGGCUACUCGAAUUAACCCAGAAGAAGAAGAAGACAUUGUAGGAGCAGUAAAUGAUAAUGCUGAUGAUGAUGUUGAGUCAUGCUCCAUGAGUAUUGUGUCUUUAUCAUCGGACAAAGAUGACACUGAUUCAAAAAGUAAUGGAUCUAAUAGUUCAGACUAUGAACAAUAUGAUGAAAUUCUAAAUAAUGAAAUUCCAAAUAUAUCAAAGUGGACUAAAGAUGAAGUAUUUGGUUAUUUAAAAGAGGUUUUACCCCAAAAUAUUAUUGAUCAAAUAAUCAAAUAUGAACUCGAUGGCCAUGCUUUUCAAUCACUCAAAAGGGAAGAAAUUGUAUCAAACAUGGGUUUGAAACUUGGACAUGCCCUGAAAAUUUACAAACAAGUGCGAAUUUUACAAACUCAAAGUACAGUUAGUCGUAUAUUUUGGGAAUAAUUAUUAUUACUCCUAACAUUUGAUUGUCAUUGGAUGAUAUAAAACUGUGUUUAUGUUUUUUUUAUAUCAAGUGUGAGUUGGGUGAGUUUGAUACCUGUUUUUUAAAAACGUUUGAAAUAUUAAUGCAAAUAUAUAUUAUACAAAAUACUCCAUAUUUACCAAUAGUGAAAUAAUUUACUUAGUAAACUUACUAAUAAUUUUACCAAAUUAUUCUCAGUAUGCAAAUUAGUUUUAUAAACAUAUAUUCCAUAAGAGUAAUGCUCGAGUAUAUUCAUAUUAACGAUUAAACUAAUCAAUUUUAUACCUACUAAUUUAUGCUGUCAUGCGCCUACAAUCCGCCACCUCCGCCGUUAUUGCAACGAAGCCCUAAGUCAAAACGAUAGCUGUUGCCCAGUGACCACGUGACUACAUUUUUUUUUCCGCUGGACGGUCAAGAGUGCCCGGUCACAGAUAUUGUCCUAUUUUUUAUAAAGUACAUUAUUUCCCCAAACAUGGAGUAGGGCCUCGAUAGAUAGCUACCACCGCUGGUUUGCAGAAGGGUCGACGUUGGUAGAGGAUGGUGAUGUCUUUGUAUAAAAUAAAUAUGUAACAUUACUUGAACUAUAUAUUUAUUGUGUAAUGUGUGUUGUUCGUGUACCCUCGGCGUCUGUGAGCGUCGAGGCCCGGUUUCAAGGUUUUUAUGAAUUAUUAUUACUAUUAUACCUUCAUCAUGCUUCAUGAUUUCUAUUUCUAUUACACUAUUACAAGAACAAAAUAUAGAAAGAUUCAUAACAAAUAAAUAGGACUAAGGCGUUACUUAUUAUCAGGGCUCGGGACUUAAAGCAUUCUCUUAUUUUUAUGGAUUGACUUAAAAUGUAGUGGAGUGCUAUGGAAGUGUAUAUUAUUCUAAAAUUUGAAAAUGCUUUUUUGUCAACAAUUUUUCAAAAUAAUGCUUAUUUGCAGUUUUCUCCUGCAAA